AAACACUGAUAACUGGGUCAGACCCUGGAAUUCUGAUUUAAUUGCUCUGGGAUGAGACUGGGUGUAAGGAUUCCUAACGUCCCCAAGGCAGAGGCUCACGUGAAACCUGGUGCAAGAACCAUGCCCUGGACCAACUAUUUCAUUUUGUAGAUGAGAACCCGAAGCCCAGAGAUGGGAAUACAGUUGUCCAAAAAUCACACAGCAAAUGCAUGGAUGCAGAGCGUUCCUUUCCCCACACUACAGGCACACAGCAUGGGACUCCAUCAUCUGUACCUCUGAUCAUUGGCCCCCACACAAAUGGUCUCAUUUAAUCCUCACAGCUUCUGGUGAGGUAGUGGGCGGUCCCUACUGCCACGUCACAAAUGAGGAUACCAAGGAACAAAACUUCACCCAAGAUAAAGGCAAGAACCUAGAAUGCCCAGAUCCUGGUCCAGGGCUCUCUAGACUCUGUCCCAUUGUCUUGUAGAAGUUCUAGAAUGAACAGGUCAGUGCUGUGGGGUGGGUCCCAGGUACAGAGGGGAGGGAUUAUGAGGUGACAUUCUAGAAUGGUGAAGAGGGCAGGAGAGGAGGCAGAUGACUAUUCCUUCACAAACAGGGGCUUUGGGAUGGUCAUGUCCUAUUUCAUGUCUCCACAAACUCAUCCAGGUCUUCUGCCUUCCAGCCAAGGUGAGACUGCUUCUCCAGGCUCAUCCCUUGGCCCCUAUAGUCCUAUAGAGCCAGUGGUGGUGGCCCCUGGCGGACGAGGCCCACUGCACCAGAAAGCUGAGCAGGUGGUACCUGCUGCCCAGGCCUGGGGCCCAGCCCUGGCAGUGCCGGAAGCCAGGGGCUGCCUUGGGGGGCCUAGCUGGGAGACACUGCGGCAGAAGGAGUAUGGCCAAUACUGCCCCAAGUUCUCCCACGUGAAGCAGCCAGAGAGCUUGGGCUGGGAGGAUGGCUGCUCCAGAAGUCGAGCUCCCCACCUGGGGGGCUCCAGCAGGCCUGGGUCUCUGCUGCUGCACACGCUGUCACCAGGGGUUGUACCAAUGCCCACCGAGGCAGGGGGGAAGGAGGCCGGCCCCCAGCCUGACAUCUGCAUCCUUACCCUGGCCAUGAUGAUCGCUGGCAUCCCCACCGUGCCUGUCCCAGGCCUGCGGGAAGAGGACCUCAUCCGGGCGGCUCAAGCUUUCAUGAUGGCCCAUCCAGAGCCAGAGGGGGCUGUGGAGGAGGUGCAGUGGGAGCCGGUGCGUGCCCACAUAGCCUCUGGGCAAAUGCCCCCAGUGAGAUCCAGGAGGGGCCAGCCUCCUGGCUCCUGCUUGUAG